AUGGCGUCGUCUUCUUCGGCUCUCUCAAGACUCUCUAAUCUCCACGGACACUUGCAUCCCUCGCACUCAAAUAAGGGUGGUGUGGGGUUUAUCAAGAUUUCUCCAGAGGUUUCUGAAGCUUUGUCAAAUGACCAUGCUGUUGUUGCUCUUGAAUCCACCAUUAUUUCCCAUGGGAUGCCCUAUCCUAAGAACUUGGAAACCGCAAGGGAAGUUGAGGCAGUUGUGAGGGAAAAUGGAGCUGUUCCUGCCACGAUUGCUAUUUUGGAUGGCAUACCUUGCGUAGGUCUGAGUAUGGAAGAACUGGAGAAGCUUGCCAAUCUCGGACCCAGAGCUCAGAAGACAGCUCGAAGAGACAUCGCACAUGUUGUGGCAACCGGAGGGAAUGGAGCAACUACUGUUUCUGCAACCAUGUUUUUUGCUUCUAUGGUUGGCAUACCAUUGUUUGUUACUGGAGGGAUUGGAGGAGUACAUAGACAUGGGGAGCAUACAAUGGACAUAUCUUCUGAUCUUACUGAGCUUGGAAGGACACCAGUAGCUGUCAUCUCUGCUGGUGUAAAAUCAAUAUUGGAUGUCCCAAGGACCCUUGAAUAUUUGGAAACUCAGGGAGUUUGUGUUGCUGCUUAUAGGACCAAUGAAUUUCCAUCAUUUUUCUCUGAAACAAGUGGUUGCAAGGUGCCUUGCCGUGUAGAUACCCCAGAAGACUGUGCUCAGCUUAUAGAUGCGAACCUGAAACUUGAGCUUGGAACUGGAAUUUUGAUUGCUGUUCCAAUUCCCAAAGAGCACGCCGCUUCUGGAAGAUUAAUUGAGUCUGCAAUCAAGAGAGCUCUUGAAGAAGCUAGGGAUAAGAACAUAAUUGGAAAUGCUGCAACUCCAUUUUUGCUUGCGAGAGUGAAUGAAUUAACUGGAGGAGCUUCUCUGGCUUCGAACAUUGCACUGGUGAAGAACAAUGCACUUGUUGGUGCUAAAAUUUCCGUAGCACUUGCGCAGAUUAAAGAACGUGAAAAUAAAGGCUGUGCUGAGAGGAGGGGGGAGAUGGAGGGGAUGAAGUUGGAUGGAGCUUUGCAAUCCCACCCGAGAGAAGGUUUACCUAUUGCUGAUAUGAUUGUUAGAGGGAGGGUUUGUGAGUGGUGUGAAGACGACGCUAUAGGCCUCAAAAUGUUUCAACCCAGAUCUGGUAACCGGUCACUUGACAAGCUCAUACGUGAUAAUUGCGGUGACGUUGAAAUGGCCAAUGCGUGA